GUGUAUAAAAUUGAAAUAUCGUAGCGUUUCUGUCAAUCAUUGUGCGGCUGUCAAAUUUCAGCAUUAUAAUUUACAAAGUAUUUAAAUAUUAGAUUUUAAAGUAAUCCUAUUAAAAUGGCCCGUGAAAGUAGUGCAGGAUUCGAUAGACAUAUUACUAUUUUUUCGCCGGAAGGAAGAUUGUAUCAAGUCGAAUACGCUUUAAAAGCUAUCAAUCAAGGUGGCCUAACAUCGGUGGCGCUACGAGGCGCGGACACCGCUGUAGUAGCUGCUCAACGCAAGGUUCCUGAUCGCCUGCUGGACCCUGCGUCGGUCACUCAUCUUUUCCGCCUGACAGACCGCAUAGGAUGUGUCAUGACUGGCAUGACUGCCGACAGUAGGUCUCAGGUACAGAGGGCGCGAUAUGAAGCUGCAAACUGGACCUACAAGUACGGCACAGAUAUCCCUGUGCACAUCCUGUGCCGACGCAUCGCUGACAUCUCACAAGUGUACACUCAGAACGCUGAGAUGAGACCUCUUGGCUGUAGCAUGAUGCUGAUUGCAUAUGAUGAUGAGACUGGCCCCAAUGUUUACAAAACUGACCCAUCUGGCUACUACUGCUCAUACAAGGCAGUGGCUGCCGGCUCAAAGGCAACGGAUGCUAAUGCUUACCUCGAAAAGAAACUCAAGAAGCGUGGAGAUUUGUCAUCUGAUGAUGUUGUACAACUGGCCAUCUCAUGUCUCUCACAAGUACUCUCGGUGGACUUUAAGUCUUCAGAAAUUGAGGUUGGAGUGGUCACAAAGGAUGAUCCCAAGUUCAAGGUGCUAUCAGAAACUGAAAUUGACAGACACUUGACUGCGAUAGCAGAGAAGGAUUAAAGGAAUAUGAAUAUAAUUGCUAAUAAUUUUUAAUAAAAAAUGUGUUUACAA